GAGACAAAAGUGACACACUUAGAAAGGAAGAGAAAGAGGAGGGUGGUGUGUGGGAAAGAGGAGAAAGAGAGAGAGAGAGAGAGAGGAGAGGGAGAGAAAGGGAGGGAAGGAGAUGCUGUGGGUGAGUGAGUGGAAGCGCUCAUUAAUUUGAAUUUAAAGGAUGUGAAGAGAGGACAGCGAGCAAGGCAGGCAGUGCUUUUGCAGGACUGAGGGAGGAGAGGGUAAUUGGAAAGAAAGAGAUGGAUGAGAGAGGGAAAAAAGGAGUGUCGGCAAGGGAGAUGAGAGAGUUGGACAGUUGAGAGGCAUCGUCACUGGUCAACUGUGCAUCUACUGAUCCAGGUGGUUUGUCUGUCUGCUGGAGCAACAGAAGAAGAAACAGUCAGAAAAGGAAGAAGAAAAGAGCGAGGACUGCUCUGUUCUGCUUCUCCGCUGUGGAUCGCCAAAUGAAGAGUGUGUGAGAGCACUCCAGCUGAGCGGCACAACACACACAUCACACGCGAGAUGAUCACAUUCAGUUUGCUGAGAGUCGGCGCUGCCAGCAAACAUCCUUCGCUACUUUCAGCAGCUGCCAUUAGUUGAGUUCAGAUUUAUAGGCUGUUUGAUGUGGACCAGAGGCAGGAUUCGAAGCAGGUGAAGCAUUUAUCAGGUAGUGAGUGUGUGUGUGUUUGCUGCUGCUGUGCAUCUGUGCUCGGAGACCAGCUGUUUUUUAGAGAAACAUCAGCAAAGACCAUCUAAGGACAUUUGACUGCUGGAGAGUUUUUAUGCAUGCAUUGAAAUCUGGAGAAAGAACAUCAAACAGAUAAAGGAGGAUAAAAACAUUUUAAAGACAAAGCUGUUCUCUGAACUCCUGGAGAAGGAGCCAGCUCUCAUACACCACCACACUCGGGAUGCUCAAACCAAGAUCCUCAGGAACCAGGAGUCAUGAUGAUGUGGAUUAGGGGAUGAGUCCUUAGGAGGAGCCAGGAAGGGAUGUGGUUGUGGAGGGUGAGAGGGCAAGAAUGGGCUGCCCCUGCCCUGUGGCACCUCCGGCUGCCUCCACCACCGCCUCCGUGUGAGGAUGCAAGUCCUACAGAUAGUCAAGGAGCUGGUGUCGCCUUCCAGACGCAGGGCAGCAGCCAGAUUCGGAGCGUCUGAUACUGAGCAGGAUGCGGCGGUGAAACUUGACCAGGAGCGGGCUGAGAUAGUCGCCAAAUAUGACAAGGGAAAAGAGGCCCCUGUGGAGCCCUGGGAGGACACCAACUUCCACCUGUACAAAGUCAUCGACCGCUUUGGCUUCGUCCAUGAGAAUGAACUUCCAUCCUACGACUCGGUGGAGGAGAAGCAAAAACACACUGAGGUGGAGAGGACCACCAAAUGGCUGAAGAUGCUGAAGAGCUGGGACAAAUACAAGAACAGUGAAAAACUGGUCAGGAGGAUCUAUAAGGGAAUUCCCCUGCAGCUCCGAGGGGAGGUGUGGUGUCUGCUGCUCGAUAUUCCCAAAAUAAAGGAGGAGAAGAAAGACUUCUACGAGAAAUUAAAAGCCAGAGCCAGAGAACUCUCCACUGACGUCCGACAGAUCGACCUGGAUGUGAACCGAACCUACAGGGACCACAUCAUGUUCAUGCAUCGCUACGAUGUCAAGCAGCAGGCUCUCUUCCACGUCCUCACAGCCUACUCCAUGUACAACACGGAGGUGGGCUACUGCCAGGGCAUGAGUCAGAUCACAGCUCUACUGCUCAUCUACAUGAACGAGGAGGAUGCCUUCUGGGCUCUGGUCAAACUACUGUCUGGGCAGAAGCACGCCAUGCACGGGUUUUUUGUCCCUGGUUUCCCGAAACUGAUGCGUUUCCAGGAACACCAUGAUCGUAUCCUCAAGAAGAUGAUGCCCAAACUGAAACAGCACCUGGACAACCAAGAGGUGUUUACCAGUCUCUACACCAUGAAGUGGUUCUUCCAGUGUUUCCUGGACAGAACUCCCUUCACCCUCACCCUCAGGAUCUGGGACAUCUACAUCUUGGAGGGUGAACGAGUGCUACCUGCCAUGUCCUACACUAUCCUCAAACUGCACAAGAAGCACCUGAUGAAGUUGUCCAUGGAGGAGCUGGUGGAGUUUCUUCAGGUGACGCUGUCCAAAGAGUUCUUCUUGGAGGAUGACAUGGUGAUUGAGCAGCUACAGGCCUCCAUGACAGAGCUGCGGAGAGCGAAGCUGGAGCUGCCUGCACCAGGUAAAGACGAUGAGUUUCCUAAGAAGCCCCUAGGGCAGCUUCCUCCUGAGCAAGCAGCAGCAGUGGUGGUGAACCACGUGGGCAACGGUGAGAGCCAUGCCGAGCCAGCCGAUCCCCCCAGGGACCCGAGUCCUGUACCAGACCGCCAGCGGGAGAGUCGGCCCCCCAGCCGGGCACGUCGAGACUCCCUAGACAAACCGUUUCGUCACCACAAGAGGGAUGCCCGUUCCAGGGGAUCGGGGGAGAUCCCUAAUGAGCAGCAUAAGCAGUCCACUUCCACCACACCUGAGAGGGGGGCAACACCACCCUCAGCACUCAGCCCUACACCACAGCUCACCACAGUGGACAGAGGGAAGACUCAGAGCCACGCCACAGCCAACCACAACUCCAACGCAGCCUCCAGCUCUCACAGAGAAAUCACUCCCCGCUGGUUCAAACCCUCCGAGACAAAACUUGAAGCGGUCAAAGCAGCAGCAGCGAGGGAGAACCAGCUGAGCAGAGGGGCGUCACCAGCCCCUUCCAGCCCAGACGACACCGCUCUCCCCCAUCGCCGACCGCGCUCCAAGGGCUUUGUCCCUGGCUCCAACCGAGGCUCUAACGCCUCCCAGUAUGACAAUGUACCGGGGCUGCCCGAGCAGGAUUUUGAAAUCUUGGAGCUUGAGAGACCUCCGUCCAGAAUGAGGACCCCUCGUAGUGAGACACCUUUCAGUGUAUCGUCCCUCCAUCAGGGCAGCCCCAGCCGUGGACCCAGCCAGGCAGGGAGCGUUGUUUCCGUCACACCAGGGCCCAGGAUGGCCAAACACCCUCUUCCGCCACAAUUUUCCCACAACAAUCCCGCAGGGGUCCAGGCCAGCUAUCCUGGCAGCCAGAGCCAACACCAUAGCCCUCCUAAGCAGCCAUCCCCAGGCAGAACUACUACCGAGGUCCCCAUCUUCCAUCCUGCCUACAGUGUGAACCUGGACCACAGAGGCGAGGACAGACUCUAUGCACCGCCCUCCCGAUUCCCCCCACCCGCCAACAUGGUAUAUGGGGAACGAGCAUAUGCCACCACCCAGCGGCAGCCCAGCAGCCUCUCUCCAGAGAAGGCUCUUAUGAAUAACUCCUUCGCCACCUACCGUAGGCAGCCGCCACCUAGCUCCACUCACAACCCCCGAAGCACCAGGCCUCCCCCGGAGCAUUCUCUGCAGCUGGAAACCCAGGGGAGCUCUACCCCUAUCUACCUGCAACAGCUCACCUCCACUGCACAGGUCUACACUCCAAUGGACUACAGGUUUGAGGGGCAUCGGCGAGGCGAGGCGAACCUGCACUACCUGCCGGAAUGUGUGCCGCGGCGGGCUGUGGACGGGCACCUGUGGGAACCUGAGGGUGAGCUGCCUCCUCCGUCCCCAGGUGGCAUGCCCCGCUCACCCAGUUUCCAGAAAGCCCAAAUGUCUCCCGUUCAGCAGUUCACUUUCCCCGCAAACCCAGACGGCCUGCUUCACUACAGGACACAGUUCCAGGAGCAGCAGCCUGUCAUAAGACAACAACUCCCACAGCUGUUUGGAGGACCACACUACAGGCACGCACAGGAGGCGUUUGCCAUGCAGGAGUCCAUGCUGCUGUAACUGAACAAUAAGGAUAUGGAGAGACACUGUAAAAAAACAAAAGAAAAAAACUGAGUGUAGUCACUGACACUGUGGUAAAGUUGAGCAGUAGUCUUAGCUCUGCUAGGAACCUGAUAUUUGUUUCUGCUCUGUUGUUCUUUAUGUGUGAAGUACUGACCUUCUGACUGUCACUCUGCAACGUAACAUUGCAGGACACACCAGCCUCUGACGUUUUUACUGAUCACUUUAAAAAGAGAAAAAAACUGACUGAAGAUUUAAUUUUAUUUUUGGAUGUAAAUCAUUAACGAGAGGUGACAGUAUAUAUCUUUUAGAGUCUGAUAUGUACAGUGGAUUGUUUUUGUUAAUAUGCUGAGUUGUUAUCAGUAGCAGGAGAACGUUCUCCUGAGAGAAAAACUCUGAUUCAUUUUCCAUCUUUAUUUUUUUAUAUGUUACUUACAGGUAUUUACAUUAGAGAUUGAUUUACUCUAUAUGCUUGUGUGAAUGUUAUUUUUCAAAGAGAACAAGUAAAACUGUGUCCAAUGAUACAAUUAGAAAGCAGUGAUAAACAGGUCACUGUAUGUUUUUGAUCUCCACUUCAAUUUCUGAAGAACCUCCACCGUGGAGGGCAGAGCAGGGUUUGUCGUUUAGUUUUUAGUUUUCCUUUAGAUCAUACAGGAAGUACAGUACAUUGGGUAUUUACACAUAUUUGAGGCCAGUGUAGUUUUUAAAUUCAAACUGAUUAGAGACUCAAGAAAUAGAGCGUUAAUUUGUGAGGGCUAAUAAUAUUUUAUACACAUACAUACACACACACACACACACACACACACACAUAUAUAUAUACACCCUUUUUUUUGGCUGUACUGUAGCCCCUGUAUCUUGAGCACAUACACCAGGAGAUUGAUGUGAACCAGUCUCAGUACAACUUGCUUUACUUCAUUCCAUCUUAUUAUUCUCAACACUGUCACACCAACUACUGUUUAGCUACUGGCAUUUCCACUGGCACACAGAGCUGUCUGUAUGCCCCACACACUCUCUACAUGUCACCAUUGUGCAAGUCACACAUUUCAACAUUUUAUCAAGUCACAUUCCCUGUUAUUAUCAUCAUUCCUAAUUACUCAAGUUUGGAUGCAGUUACUUUCCAACAGUAUUGCUGUACUGAUCAUUACAUUCCCUAAGUUAUCCUUGUUUUUGUUUAACAACUAAUUGCAGACCAUUCUGAUACUUUGCUUAAUAAAAUGAGGUGGGUUGAAAAUGAA